GUGAUUCCGGAAACGGCGGCCAAGUUCUUGUCACAUGACGCGUAAACGUGCGUUGGCUGCCGGAAGUUACGGGCGUCCUGUAGCAUCCUCAUGGCGGCUAGAAAAAGAUAACUCCCUGCAUGGAGCGGUCCCUUCAUUAGGACAGGCACACUCCGGCUUCGAGCUGGAUCCAGACGGUUUCUCCAGGUGACCGCUACAACCCAUCACUGCCGUCCUUCGAUGGUUUCCUGAGUCUGUCUGGUUUGACGCAGUGAUUCUUUGGGAACAAUGGUGAAGUACUUUCUAAGCUGGAAUGAGCUGAAGAGCUCAUGGGACCAAGUAUUUAGUGCUUUUUGGCAGCGCUACCCAAACCCAUACAGCAAACAUGUCCUGACUGAAGACAUUCUGUACCGUGAGGUAACCAGUGACCAGAAGCUGCUAACCAGAAAGCUUCUAACCAAGACCAACCGCCUGCCGCGAUGGGCAGAUCGCUUAUUCCCAGCCAAUGUGGCCCAUGCUGUGUACAUUUUAGAAGACUCCAUAAUCGACCUACCCAAGAAAACCUUGACCACCUAUACCUGGAACAUAAACCACAGCACGGUCAUGUCUGUGGAGGAACGCUGCACAUACUGUGAAAAUCCAGAGAAAAACUGGACCGAGAUUAAAAGAGAAGCUUGGGUGUCAUCGAAUGUGUUUGGUUUUAGCAGACCUAUACAGGAAUUUGGUCUGGCUCGGUUCAAAAGCAAUGUGACCAAGGCAACGAAGGGCUUUGAAUUCAUCUUGGCAAAAAUGCAAGGCGAUACGCCUUCCAGGACACUGGUGGAAACCGCAAAAGAUGCAACAGAAAAAGCGAAGGAAACAGCACUUGCUGCAAAGGAGAAAGCCAAAGAUUUGGCCAGCAAGGCAGCUACAAGCAAGAAGCAGCAAUACGUCUAAGCAUCUCCCAGCUUCCAUUCUAGAUCCCACAUCACUGCACACCAGGCCCAAUGAUGAUGGGUUCAAAACGUCAUCUAAACCAAUUUUCAACUCUUUGUACAAAUUAGUUCUAUUUAUCAUGCUGUAAAUGAAAAGAAGGAAAUAUAUACUUGAAUGUAAUGCAAAAAUAAGAAAUGACACUUUUCUAAGCUUUAAUUUAUGAUUAAAGAAUGAUCUGAGAAGU